AUGGCGAAACCAACCUUCAGCAAGUCCUCCAAGCACAUCUCCAAGCGCGCCCCGCAGCCCGCCCAGUCUGCCUCGACUCCUCCCUCCAACAAGACCACUCAAUCCGACGCUGAGAUGGACAUCGCCGACGACCUCGAUGGCGUGUGCUUGGACGUCGCCCACAGCACCUCGAACUCCGACUUUGACAUCAUCGUGGACACACCCGCCACUCUCAAACGCUCCCGCUAUGCCUGCGAGAUGGAAGAUGAGGUUGACUUCGGCGACGAUGAGCCCGCAACCAUCCGCCGUCGUAGCUCUUCUCCACGGCGCGAUAAUGUGAAUGAGGACGCGGAUAUUGAGGAUGGCGAGAUUGAGUUCAAAGGUCAAGGCAGCGCAGCUGACCAACACCCUUCCAACGCGAACUUCCCGGGCGUCACUGCCGACAACGUCCCGAUCAUCCCCAAGGGAACAAUCAACAAGACCAUCCGCUACUACGCACCCUGCCCCAUCGUCCGCUCCCUUGACUGGCGUGAGCCCGAUGGACCUAACGUUGGCGAAGGCAAGCCUUGGACCGGAGGAAUCGGAGACCUUGAGGCUGCGUUCGUGCAGACGCGUGGCGCCAUAGCAAAGUCUCCCUGCGAGUCCUGCAGCGCUGGCAAGGGUCUCUGGAAGUCAUGCGUCGAGCGCCUCGGCUCGAAGAAUAACGGGAUUUGCGCCAACUGCUGGCAGGCUGGUGGGUUCUGUACCAACUUCAACAAGCAGGCCGGUGAUGCGUCCGCGCCCCGUGCACAUGGUUUUCGUUUCCGAUUCAGGAACCCUAGACCCGGACCACUCAACGUCCGAGUUGAUUCAACUCGAAUGAAUGCGGCUAGGGAGAACUAUGAGCUUCGCAAUGCCCCGGAGGUUAUCCCCUUCCCACUCGGUGCGGAAGCAAUCAACAACCUGCCUCUCUUGAAACGCGCCCGACAGGACCUCUGCGAGCACAUCGCGCGAAUCGAUGCUCGCAUUGACAUGCUUGAGAUGAAGGAGAAGCUGCAGAAGGAAGCUGGAGGGGAGAUCGCUUGGGAUGAGAUUUGA